ACAAGAAAGGCAUGCGUAGUUUUCGUGCAUCAAAAUGGGACGCAUCAUUCUACUCUGUUACCUAAUCAUCCAAUUGAAGCUGCCCUUCCCAUUAAAUGGAGAUUUGACUACAAUGACUUGCUCCUCAGGACCUCAGCUUGAUCAUCACACCUGCAUCCAUCAAUGGCUUCCAUGAUCACUUCCAUUCUUUCUAUUUCUUUACUUGUAACUCGGUUUUCUCAAUUAGCAAAUGCCAAGGUUUUCAUGAUUCUAAUGGAGGACGACUCUGUUUCUUCAUACAAGACCAAACAAGCACAUCCCACCAGAGCUGAUGCAGAUACUAUGGUGUACAAAGAGCAAUUGCGUAGCGGUCAUGACAUGUUCUUAGAGUCUCUACUUGAGAAGGGCACCUACACCAAACUCUACAGCUACACACAUUUGCUUAAUGGGUUUGCCAUCCAUCUUACAUCUGAGGAGGUCCUAUCAGCCCUUCAUAAUGCAACAGGAGUUCGGGCCAUCCAUGAAGAUGUCAAGAUGGAGAAGCUUACAACUCAUACUCCUGAUUUUCUUGGGCUUCCUGAUGGUGUAUGGUCGACUUUAGGAGGAGCAGAGACAUCUGGUGAGGGGGUUGUGAUCGGUUUUGUUGAUACGGGGAUAAAUCCUAACCAUCCCAGUUUCGUGGCUAAUUCGUCCUUAGCCUUUGCAAAUGCUACCAACUUCAGAGGAAGUUGCGCCACAGGGGAGCAGUUCCCUUCAGAAGCAUGUAAUGGAAAGAUAGUGGCGGCACAAUAUUUUGCGCAAGGAGCAAUUGCUGCUGGGGAUUUCAACGCCACACGCGACUAUGCAUCACCCUUUGACGCGGAUGGUCAUGGAAGCCACACAGCAUCAACAGCUGCUGGAAAUCACCAAAUGCCAGUUUCUGUAAAUGGCUUCCAAUAUGGAUAUGCAAGUGGCAUGGCACCAGGAGCCAGGAUUGCUGCGUACAAAGCUCUUUAUACUUUUGGAGGGUACAUGUCAGAUGUUGUGGCUGCAGUCGAUCAGGCAGUGGAAGAUGGAGUUGAUAUACUAAGCCUCUCGGUAGGGCCAUCCAGUGUUCCUCCUGGUCCUUCUGUCUUCCUCAACAUUCUAGAAGUGGAGUUGUUACUUGCGACAAAAGCUGGUGUUCUUGUUGUCCAAGCUGCUGGCAAUGGUGGCCCUUCUUUCGGUUCAAUCCUUUCUUUUAGUCCCUGGAUAACUACUGUUGCUGCAUCCACCACCGACCGCAAGUAUACAAGUACAAUCGUGCUAGGCAAUGGACAUAGCUACUCUGGCGCCGGCCUUGCUCCUUCGACAGCAGGAGAAGUGUCUUUUCCUAUUGCUGCAGCCGCUGAUGUUUGCUUGAGGAACAACAGCGAUAUCCUAGAAGUUGACAACUGUCGACAUCCAGAAUUCUUCAUUUCAACAUUGGCUCGAGGAAAGCUGAUUAUUUGCACAUAUACAUUCAACUUGGAAUAUGAGGCUGCAGGCAUUGCAACUGUAGCAGACACCAUUGACAGAGUAGGGGCUGCUGGUGUUGUCAUAACAAUGGACCCUAAUAUUGGUCUUGAGCAAGUCAAGGGCACCACAAUGACGCUACAAGUCCCUGCUAUCGUACUGAACGACCUGCAUGCCUCUUCGGAUCUGUGGAGGUAUUACAACUCCAAUACUGUUAGGAGUAGGACAGGGCGAGUAGUGGUUUUCGGUGCAAAAGCAAGAAUACUGGAUGGAAGGGAAGCGACGUAUUCACAGCAUGCACCAGUUGUGGCAUUUUACUCAUCUAGAGGUCCUGAUGUGAACAAUGCACUGCUGCAAACUGCUGACGUUCUAAAACCGAAUGUCAUGGCCCCAGGUUCCUCGAUUUGGGCUGCGUGGAGCCCCAGCAGUGAGGGUGAUCCAAAUAUCAGAGGACAGAACUUUGCGCUUGUUACAGGUACGAGCAUGGCUACUCCUCAUAUAGCUGGUGUUGCAGCUUUGAUCAAGCAGAGACACCCCAGGUGGGGUCCUGCUGCUAUCACAUCGGCAAUGAUGACAAGUGCAGAUGUAUUUGAUCAUUCUGGCUCUCCCAUCUUAGCACAACUAACCAACCGACUAGCUCCUGCUACCCCAUUUGACUUGGGCGCUGGAUUUAUCAAUUCAACUAGAGCCAUUGACCCAGGUCUGAUAUUCAAUGCCCAUUUUGAAGACUAUGUUCAAUUUCUAUGUGAUGUUCCUGGUGUCGAUGAUGAGUCUGUGAGACAUGCGCUAGGAAUAGAGUGCCCUCCAAGUAGAAGGGCAUGGUGCUCUGAUUUGAACACAGCUAGUAUAGCAGUUUCAAAUCUUGUUGGAUGGAGGAGAGUGGUUCGGCGAGUAUCAAAUGUGGGCAAUAGGACUGAAACUUACAGAGUGACUGUGAAAGAACCCUUUGGUGUGAGAGUUACGGUUAGCCCUCAAGUUUUAGGCAUAAGAGGGCAUGGUUCAAGGCAUCUAAGGAUUUUCUUAAGAGCCAUCAGGGCAACAAGAGCUUACACAUUUGGGGAGAUAGUAUUACAUGGAAGUAGGAAGCAUGUUGUUAGGGUUCCGAUAGCUGUGUACGUAAGCUCCUCCUUUGAGUCUUGAGAUUUUCUUUGGAUUUACAUUUUAAAAUGCCUCAC